AUGGGUUUGUUGCAACCCGUACCCCAAACCAGGCAGAACCUAGAGUCGCCUUCUUACCGACCCGGUACUCGAUGUGCCUAUCAUUCUGGGGCUGAAGGACAUGAUACUGAAGAUUGUUGGACUCUGAAAAGGGCUGUUGAAAACCUCAUAGAACAAAAACGAAUAGUGCUGAAGGAUGAGAAAGUUCCUAAUGUGACCAACAACCCGUUGCCGGCUCACAACAACGGGCCGGUCAUUGGAAUGAUUUGCGAAGACAAGGAGUUUGAUCCGGCUUUGAAAGCCAUCAUUGCAAUCGCUGAUGUCGAGAAAAAUCCAAAGACUGUUGCAAAGCAAGACAAGGGGGAGAAGAAGAGUAAACCCACCCCUCAAAAUACAGAAAAGACAGUGGAAACCAAAACUGGGGCAGUACCCCCAAAAGAUGCCAUUCUUUAUCUCCCACGGGGGCACAGGAAAGAGCAAAAGACAUUGAGCCCUCCAAGAAGGUUCGAGCUGAACAAGGGACCCAAGAUGUACGUGCCUAAGGGAACCUAUGUGGUGCGGGGGCCAGUAAUUUCACCAAGGCUGAAUGAGCCUGUGGUUAUUGGCUGCGCACUGCAGAGGCCCAUGACAGACCCUACUGUCGUUCCAUGGAAUUACAGCAAGACGGUAGUAACUUACAAAGGAAAAGAGGUCUUAGGAGAAGCGAAUGAAACUAAACCAGCUGAGAAAUACCUUAACUUGGAGGAAUUGAACAAAGCCAAGAAGAAACGCUUCUCGAUCCAAAAGCUAGUUAGUGCCGAAGAAGCUGAAGAAUUCUUCCGCAAAAUGAAAGCUGCGGACUACGAGGUAAUAGACCAACUUCGAGAGUCUCCUUCACAGGUUUCACUCCUGUCCUUAUUGGUAAGCUCAGCCGAGCAUCAGAAAGUAUUGAUAAAAACCCUCAACGAGGCUUAUGUCCCGAUUAAAACCAUUAUUGAACAACUGGAGAGGAUGGCGGAAAGAUUCUUCGCGGUCAAUCAGAUUUCUUUCAGCAAGAACGAUUUGCCCCCGGAAGGGGCCACCCACAACAAUGCCCUUCACUUGACAGUUAAAUGCGAGGGGUACUAUGUGAAAAGAGUCAUGCUGGAUGGCGGAUCCGGAGUUGAUAUCUGUCCUCUCUCAACUUUGCAAACAAUGGAGAUUGGGACUGAGAGAAUCAGGCCAAACAAUGUCUGUGUGCCUGACUUUGAUGGCAUCAAGAGAGACACCAUAGGUGAGAUCGAUUUGAUCUUGACUAUCAGUCUUGUGAAUUUCGAGGAGACCUUUCAGGUCCUAGACAUGGACACUUCGUAUAAUUUCCUCCUGGGAAGGCCCUGGAUUUAUGCGGCGGGGGUCGUACCUUCCACUCUCCACCAGAUGAUGAAAUUUGAACCCGAAGAUCAGGAAAAUGUGGUUCACGGAGAGGACGAGCAAUCAAUUUAUCGGGACCUGUCAGUCCCAUGUCUUGAAGGAAGGGAAGGUAGCGAACAUAUAGUCUAUCAAGCCUUCGAGGUCGUGGUCGCAAACCAAUGUGAAGAAGGAAGCCCGUGUCCUCAACCCUUUCUCUCAAAUGCAUCAAUCAUGGUUGCCAAGGAAAUGAUCAGACAUGGAUAUAAGCCCGGGAAGGGGCUCAGGACAUCAUUACAAGGAAUAACAGAACCUAUCACUUUGGCUGCUAGCGAGAAGUUCUUUGGUGUAGGCUUUCAGGCCACGUCAGCUGAUGAAACAUGGGCAAAUGAGCGGAAGAACAAUGGCUGGGUCUUGCCUCAGCCGAUCCCGCAUCUGUUUGAAACAUUCUUCAAGCCCAAGUACGAAGAAGAAGAAGAUGAGGACGACCACGUUCGGGACCUGAGAAAGUUUUUUGAGCGGUUGCGUAAGUAUGAUUUGAAGCUAAAUCCGGCUAAAUGUGCAUUUGGGGUUCCGUAUGGCAAACUCUUGGGAUUUAUAUUCAGUCGGAAGGGCAUCGAGCUAGACCCAACAAAGAUAAAGUCUAUUCGGCUUCGGUUUUUCUACACAAACAAUACUGCUGAGUAUGAGGCCUUCAUUAUAGGUAUGAAUAUGGCAAUCGACCAAGAUGUUGAAGAACUAUUGAUCAUGGGGGAUUCGGACUUGAUUAUCCGACAAGCUCAGGGUGAAUGA